AUGGCGAUUCAUUUAAGGACGCUGUUUUGGAGUCUUAUUAUUGCCACUGCGAUUUGCAUUGUUUUUUAUGGAAAGGAAAGAUUUUUCUCCACACCAUCCUGCCCAAAGGCAAAUGGCAAGUAAGUAAUAAUAAUUUAUCACAGGCAAUAAUAAAUUUCAUCGAGAGAAGUGCUUCGAAGCCCAUUAUACGAUCGAGAAGCUGAAUUUGAUUUUAAACACGAAAUCUUUAAGAACAACUCUUAGGGCUCAUUUAUCCAGUAUAAUAAUUUGUCUUUUUCAACCACGGUCAACAUUAUCCAAACAGUGUCUAACAUUUCUUGCAGGAUUGGGUAUCGCAUCCAACAAUGACUUGAUUAAAAAAACUGGAUCAACAUGUUGAAUAUCGAAUCGUUAAACUAAACGGGCGUUUACUAAGCAAAUUCCAGGUCCAUAUUGUAAGCUUCUAGCAGAUUUAGCCCUAAGGGGAAUUUGAGGGCUAUUAGAUGAGGCAACGUUAAUUUGAUAUUUUAGUUUAUGCAUGGCUGGUUAAUUCGGGCAAGGAGAAACACAAGCAAGCCAUUUAUCUACAGUAGAUUACUGAUCUCCUAGUUAGUACUACCCAGGGUACUACCCAGGGUCUUAAUUUUCUACCCCGUUCCAGCGCGGGGGGUGGGGGGGGGAGAAGAGACCCUGGAAACCAGGUAGGAUGAAAUUUUAAAAAAAAUCAAUUCGGCGUGCUCGUUAAUUACUCUUCAUAUAGAUGAUAUUUUAUACUUCAUCGUUUUUCCUCAUCAAUUCAGUCCCUGACUAAACAAUGCUUCGUUGCUCUUUCACGUUGACUUCCUCUACCAACAACAACCUCCUUUACGAUCAACAACAGCAUGCAUUGACUGCUUCUUGUUUCUGCCUUAAUGUAACAAAUAAACUUGUAAAUGACAUGAAAGAUUUGUGCAUCAGUCAAUUCCAGGUGCGCCCAGCACCCCCGGGCUACUGCGGGGCAUUUGCCCGUCUUGUCAGUCCCAGGGGUGGGGCAUUUGCAAAUUUUGUGCUGCCCGGGGGCCGGGCAUUUGCCUACCCCGGGGCCAUUCCUGAGCUUUUGACACGCAGGCGGUUUCCUAUCAGAAAAUAACUACACAGAGGAUUUUACUGGGAAGGAAAGCAGAUUGGCUCAUCUGUCAAAGACAGGAAAAAUUGAGGAGGUUUGUAAAGGCAUGUUCUUGAUUUUAUGCAUUCAUUUCUUCAUUGUUUUUUGAGCCAGAAUUACAUAGCGAAAUCGGGAGCUAUCGACGUGAAUCAACAUUUUUUGGUUAUUGAAUCAAAUUUCUGUUGAGAUUAUUUGAAAAACAUCCUUUCAUAUUUAUAAAACUGUUCAUAACAUAUAACUUGACAGCGCUCUAUUAUUUUAAUGUCAAUAAUUUUACAUCAAUACUAAAAUUAUAAACUGGUGCAUGUCGUUGCGGCGUGAAGUCAUAGCGCUAUUACAAAGGAAGACGUUAAUUGAAACAAAAAAUUCACAUUAAAAUGCUUAAAACGGCACCAUAUAUUCGACUAUGCGAUCAAUGAAAAAUGUUGCAGUGUUUACGGAGUGGGCAUUUGCCCUCUUUUUUUGUCCCCACCUCGGGGGAUUUGACAGCUCCACAGUCCCCACCCCAGGGAAUUUGCCAUCCAAGGCAAAGAAAAUGCUAAUGCCCGGGGGUCAGCCUGCGGGGGCGAUGGGCGCACCUGGAAUUGACUGAUGCAUUGGGUUAUUACUGCAUAAGACCACAACAACAACAACAACAUAUAAACAAACAAAAACCAAGUAUCGAGUUCUGAAUGUAUCGUGUUUUAACCCAUUUGAAAAUGCAGGAUACAUAUUUCGUGACAAAAAGACCAUUUUCGAGUAGCCCAAACCUUGUUAUAGAAACGAGGGCGAUUGUGAAUUCCUUCAUUGUAUGAAAUUUUUGAAGUUGUUUUGGCCUCCUUUUCACAGUGAGUGUUUGGAAAAUUCGAAAAUAUCCAGAGCUCUCUAUUACAUACACCACAGUUUUUAAAACUGACAUGGCGAAGAAGCAUGAUCACGUGGCAUGUGCACGUAUCGCCCCAUGUAAGACUGCUGUGGACUCUGGAUUCCAGGUAUUGGAUUCCGGAUUUAGUGGAAUUUGGAUUCUGGAUUCCAACUGUUAGCGGGAUUCCGGAUUCCUUGAGCUAGUUUCCGGAUUUCAAAGCCCAGGGUUCUAGAUUCCUCAAGAAAAACUUUUCCAGAUUGCGGAAUCCGGAUUUACUUACAUUAGACGACAUGUGGAUUUCUGGAAUCAAUCCAACCAGUUCGACAAUAAGUUCUGCUUAUUAUAAUAACAUUGUAACUAUAUUGAAAUACAGAAGAGCCAGUUAGUAAGGCAAGGGUUUAGACCAAGUUGCUUGUAACAUCUAUGGAUAGCAUACGAUUUGUUUGUUUAUUUAUUUCAUUCAUUUUUUGUUUGUCUUCUAAACAGAAUUCUGAUGGCACGAGAUUCGAAAAUCCAUUCAGCGCAAUCAAUGCCAAUAGAAUCAAAGGGUUUUCUAGUGGAAACAAAAACUAAUGCCGCCUUAAAACCUGAACAAUCCAACAAAUUCAAGAAGUCAAAAUAUUCAAGACGUACAAGCCAGAAGUCGUGUUCACCGAUUGAUCAAAUUCUAUUCCUUAAAACACACAAAACGGGCGGUAGUACAAUAACAAACAUUCUUAAUCGAUACGGAGACUCCAACAACCUAACGUUUGUGCUGCCCAAACAGAAGCAGCUGUUCACGUUCAUGUGGCCUGCAAGAUUUCGGCUUUCCUACACCGCACCCUUGUACAACUUUGGAGCAAACAUAAUGUGCAAUCACGCGAGGUUCAACAAGCGACCAAUGAACCAUUUAUUUCCCAAAAAACAAAGUCGCUACAUAACGAUUUUAAGGGAUCCCGCAGCACAGUACGAAUCAGUGUUCAACUUUAUGCAUCUUGCCAACCCGUUGGGGUUUAAAGACGAAGAUGAUCCACUGGGAACGUUUUUGAAGUUUCCGCCACCUUUCCAAGAGAUUAGACCACUAAUGAAGAAAACCUUGGCGCUUCAUUUGGUUCGAAAUCCAAUGCUUUUUGACCUGGGCUUAGAUUUUCGAUACUUCCAAAACGUUACCGCCGUGGAACGUUACCUGGACUUUAUAGAAAAUGAAUUUGACCUUGUAAUGAUCUUGGAGUACUUUGACGAGUCUCUACUGCUUCUUAAGCGCCUUCUAUGCUGGAAAAUGAAAGACAUUCUAUACUUCAAGCUUAAUGAACGGCAGGAUAAGCAAAAGCGAAAAUUCAUGAGCUCUGAAGUUAAAGAAGACAUAAAGAGCUGGAACAAAGCUGACUUUAUGCUCUACCAGCAUUUCAAUAGAACGUUUUGGAGGAAAGUGAGGGCAGAGGGACCUAGUUUUCAGAGAGAACUCAAACGGUUUAGACGCCAAAAAAGAGCCCUGACAAGAGCUUGUCUUCAGCAGGGUGACUUCUUGGACGAGGCCUAUACAGGUGUUUACGUAAAAGGCUUUUCUCUUAAGAAAAAUGUUCCUGAGAAAAAGAAACUAUUGUGCGAAAGCAUGAUGAAAAAUGAAAUAUCGUAUGUGACGUAUUUCAGAGAGAGGAUGAAAACACGAAUCGAGAGUACCGAAGAACCAGAUGAGUACCUUGAUGAUCCUUUGAAUGACUGGGAGGUAGCCAAUGAUCUCGAACAUGAUCCCAUUUUAUCAGGGGCAGAUUCCUCUGGCUCUGGUGAAAGUCUCACAAUGGAGCGGCCCUCCAGCAGCGAGGGAGAACCUACGAAUCCGUAG